CAAUAAACUUAGAGACCUCAUCUAAUGGUUUUAAUAUUUUAAAAUUAAAAAGACCAUGUUUUUUUUAGAUAAAAGACCAAUUUUUUAAGCUCAGUAAAUACUAAUAUUUUUUUUCGGUCAAAGUAAAUACUAAUUUUAGAAAAAUACAAAAACUAAUCUAAAAUUUGAAAUUUAGUUUUUUUUUUUGACAGGAAUAAAAUUUGAAAUUUAAAUUAAAUUAAGUGCCUUGGAGUAAUUUCAAUUUUUUUUAAGGACGUGCUAAAUUUGUAAUUACACAAUACACGGUCCUUUCAUUUUGGAUUUGGCUAUAGUUUGAAAUAUCUCCUUUAACUUUUUGAACCUAAGCCAUAAGCCAAGUCCUUCCUUUAUUUAUUGCUCUCAAAGUUCAUUCAAACUCGUUCUGUGAAGCGUUCUUCAAAAUUCAAAAUCAUGGAUGGACAUGACUCAGAAGACCCAAAACAAAGCACUGCUGAUAUGACUGUUUUUGUGCAAAAUCUUCUUCAGCAGAUGCAAACUAGGUUCCAGACAAUGUCUGACUCCAUCAUUACAAAGAUUGACGAUAUGGGAAGCCGUAUAACUGAGUUGGAGCAAAGCAUCAAUGACCUAAGAGCAGAGAUGGGAGUGGAGAGCUCUCCAUCACCUGCUAAGCCAAAGGAAGAAGGGUCGAACAAAGAAGAUUCAGCAUAAGUAAAGCACCGUUCAACUACCUUAUUUGUUGUCUCAUGAUACAUCAGGAUUUUUUCCCUGUAUCUUGUUAGUAUAGAAAUAUAUUUGUCAGGGAACAUAUGAGUGCACUCUCUUUUGUAGCUAAAGUUUAUCUUUCUGCAAAAAAAAAUUACAGUACUGCUGACUAAUCUCGACUAUUGGUAGAGAGAAAUUUCUUCUCUGUUCCCUGCUUGUUUAUUUGCAUGCUUGUGCUUUUUAUUCAUUUGCUUUUAGAUAUCACAAACAGGGUAACUCAUGUCCCUAAAUCCAAGGCCCCUAUCAUGUGAACUGUACUAGUACAUUCAACUAAAUAUUACUAUGAACCUGUUACUCGAA